GAACGAGACUUCGCCAGAAAUGCUUCCUGGCUCCAGGCAAGACAGCUCGAGGGCGCUGUGUGAGCAUACGAAACAAGGUCAUGAGCCACAUUCAGCUCGACUUCUGGUACGAAGCGGUCCCGAGGAUGACCUCCGAUCUACCUCCGCAUGCGACCUGAGGGAAAGCCUUUCCGCAGAGCUAGAGUGGGCCUAUACUUCCCUGCUGUUGCAAGAUCCUUACACAGGUUCAGAAGUGUGGUCUCAGAAUAUAGUACUAGGCUUGCUACGAAGGACAAUCUUGCUGGUGCUCUGGUUGCUUCUCAUGCAAUAAGGGAGAGAGCAGGAACUGGUACCCCGCCAGCACCUGGGACCACGCAUCGAAGUGGCCUCGGCAGGCAGGCAGCGAAGCAGACUAGAGCGGGACAAGAUGCGCCGGCUCUUGGUUCAUCAGGUACAUCCAUACCACUGGAAGUUGUCCCCCACGUAUCCAUUGGGAUCCCGACAGCCAACAUGCAUCCUCAGGCUGGAGGAGCUCGGAGGAGAAGGCUGGGCGGGACUAUUGCUGAUAGCCUAAGGGUCUCGAGGAAAGCUCUUUCGACGACAAGCUCUAUCGGCACCAUACAUCAGGGCUCAGAGCGGCAGUCUUUCGGCGAGUAAAUACUUGCACCGCAUCGCAAACAGAGGGACUGGCUCAAGUCUGAGAACGGGACGACUUCACAAGCACGCGCAGAAGCUGGGAAGGGUACGCGGGACUCAAGCUCUAUCUUUGUGACACGCAAACUCUAGUGGACUGUCAUACCAUCGAUCUAUUUUCGAUACAAUCACACAGGCUUCGCAUCCGAGUUGGGAUCUUCUUUCGAUUGAUCAAGAGCGGAGAUCGCAGGUUGACGCAGGGCUGUCA